GAGAAGAGCAGGGUUGAGGUUGAGGCGCGCGCGCGGAGGCGGAGGAAGGCAGGCAGGAUAGGCUGGUUGGCUCGGUCAGCCGUUCCCUCCGCCCUCCCGCGGAGAAGAGGGCCCGGUGGAAAAGAUGAUUGAGGAAAGUGGAAAGAGGAGGAGGACGAUGGCAGAGAAGAGACAGCUCUUCAUGGAAAUGAGGGCUCAGAAUUUUGAUGUCAUCAGACUGUCAACAUAUCGAACUGCCUGCAAACUCAGAUUUGUGCAAAAAAGAUGUAAUUUACAUCUUGUGGAUAUCUGGAAUAUGAUUGAAGCCUUCAGAGAUAAUGGCCUUAACACAUUGGACCAUAAUACAGAGAUCAAUGUAUCUCGACUAGAAACUAUCAUUUCCUCCAUUUACUACCAGCUGAAUAAACGCCUUCCAUCUACUCACCAGAUCAGUGUGGAGCAAUCCAUCAGCCUUCUCCUCAACUUCAUGAUAGCAGCAUAUGAUAGUGAAGGACAUGGGAAAUUGACAGUAUUUUCCAUAAAAGCAAUGUUGGCAACUAUGUGUGGUGGAAAAAUUCUGGACAAGUUAAGAUAUAUUUUCUCUCAAAUGUCAGAUUCCAAUGGACUGAUGAUAUUUUCAAAAUUUGACCAGUUUCUGAGAGAAGUUUUGAAACUUCCUACAGCUGUUUUUGAAGGGCCUUCUUUUGGAUACACAGAAAACUCUGUGCGAACAUGUUUUCCUCAUCAGAAAAAAGUAAUGCUAAACAUGUUUUUAGACACCUUAAUGGCUGACCCUCCACCCCAGUGCCUUGUGUGGCUACCUCUGAUGCAUAGACUUGCCCAUGUUGAAAAUGUCUUCCAUCCAGUGGAAUGUUCUUACUGCCGGUGUGAGAGCAUGAUGGGCUUCCGAUACCGAUGCCAGCAGUGCCACAACUAUCAGCUCUGUCAAAACUGUUUUUGGCGUGGCCAUGCAAAUGGCCCUCACAGCAACCAGCAUCAGAUGAAAGAGCAUUCCUCUUGGAAAUCGCCUGCCAAGAAGCUGAGCCAUGCCAUUAGUAAAUCUCUUGGUUGUGUACCCACUAGAGAUCCUCCUCACCCUGUAUAUCCGGAACAGCCAGAGAAGCCCCUUGACCUUGCCCAUAUAGUCCCUUCUCGGCCUCUUGUUAACAUGAAUGAUGCCAUGGUUACCCAUGUGUCCUCUGGAGCCCCCACACCAACAAAAAGGUAG